AUGGGCGAGAGUAGGAUCCAGCCGUUUGACACCAAGAAGCAUACCAGUCUGGCGACCAAGACAUUUCAUGACGGGUAUACCGGCAUUCAGAGUGUCGUCGCCAUGGUUCGGUUUUUCCAGCGGGGCGACGACAUGGAGGAGAGCAAGCCGUUCUCGUUUCCGUUCUAUUAUCGGCAGCGGGUGGAAAACGGGUGGUUUACAGAGUUGAAAGCUGCGAUCAUGGUGGAUAGAAAAAAGGGGCGGGAGGCCAUGUUGGAGAAGGAUAAGACGCUGGGUACGCUGUGCACGCUCAUUGCUGAUGUGUCAAAGGUGCCCGAGGCGGAGAGGGUGCAGAAGGGGGGGGGACGGGAAGAUGUACUAUAUCAUGGAGGCUCGCUCCGCCGAUAUGGCCGCUACGACAACAUUGAGGUCAAGUGCGAAUACGCCUGA